ACUUCUAUAACUAACGGAGUAAAUAUGUGAUCGUUAUUAUGGAAAUCUUAAAAGCUUUAUUAUGUCAAAAUUGGUAGUGACUUUGGUGGAUAAAUAUUUUUGAAUAUAUGUGUUUAUCAACUAUUAAGAUAUAUUUUAUUUAUGUGACGACAGAACACGCCAGGUGAAUUGAGCUGGAUUGUCAGACCGAGCGGUGGCCCUCCAACGGACAUUAUGUACGGCCUUUUUAACGGGAAAAGUAACAUCAUCCGCACUUCUGACACCAAAAAGUUGAAAUCUAAGGAUCCGGCGGAUCUUCAAGUGAAGGAAGUGGCUCUUGAUAUCGUAAACAAUACGAAAGCUCACUAUACGGAUGAGUUUGACAUCACCAAUCCAAGCGACCGUGCCAGCCGGAAGUUGCUUAUUGUUAGGCGCGGGCAGGCAUUCAAGAUCAACGUCACAUUUAAUCGCGCGUUUGAUAAAAAUCAGGAUGAUCUCAGACUGACGUUUCAGUUCGGCAAACAGCCGAAGCCAUCAUCAGGCACGUUCAAGGAUAUCAUUUUGUCCGAAAUGGAUGACAGGAACGAUUGGGGAGCUUGGUUAGAAUCAAGCACGGACAACGUGGCUUCUUUUCAGAUUAUGACGCCACCAACGAUUCCCGUGGGAAAAUGGAAAAUGGGCAUUGACGUCAUCAAGAGAAAAGAACGAAGUUCAGUUACAUUUAGAUAUGAACACAAGGACCACAUUUACAUUCUCUUUAAUCCGUGGUGCAAAGAUGACAGCGUGUACAUGGAAGAUGAAGACGGUUCCCUUCUUGGGGAGUACGUCCUCAAUGACACAGGCAAAAUUUACGUUGGCUCCAGUAAAAGUAUUCAUUCAACGCCCUGGGUGUUCGGACAGUUCACCGGUGAUGUUUUGGACACCGCCUUGUACCUUCUGGAUUGUAGCUGGUUAAGAGAUGAAAACAGGGGCAAUGCCAUAUUGGUCGCAAGAAAACUCUCAGCCUUGGUGAACAGCAAUGAUGAUAAUGGCGUGCUUGUCGGCCGUUGGCAAGAACCUUAUACGGGAGGAACACGUCCAACAACAUGGGUUGGAAGUGUCGCCAUUUUGAAUGAGUUCUUCCGGAAGAAGAAGCCGGUGAAAUAUGGACAGUGUUGGGUGUUUUCGGGCGUUCUUACGACGGUUUGUCGAGCCAUUGGUAUCCCAGCCCGCAGUGUGACGAAUUUCGACUCUGCACAUGACACGAAUGGCAGUAUGACCAUAGACCACUACGUGGAUUCGAAAGGAGAAAUAGUGAACUUUGAUGAUAGACCAGAUUCACGCUGGAACUUUCACGUGUGGAACGAUGUGUGGAUGGCGCGGCCAGAUCUUGAGCCAGGAUAUGGCGGCUGGCAGGCCAUUGACGCCACUCCCCAGGAAAUGAGUAACGGAUAUGCCCAAAUGGGGCCGAUGUCAUUGCGGGCUAUUCGCGAAGGGAAGGUUGUAAUGAAUUACGACGGACCAUUUGUUUUUGCCGAGGUAAAUGCUGACGAGGUAUAUUGGAAGCUGGAUGGAAAAAGAGGAACGAAGGUUAUCAAAGUGAACACUGACAGCAUUGGGAAGUGCAUAAGCACAAAGCGUGUGCCAGGAACCAAGACACUGAUACCCGAAGACCAGGAUGAGGACAGGGAGGAUGUAACACACCUUUACAAGUUUAAAGAAGGUACACCAGAAGAAAGAGCCGCUGUGAAAGAAGCAAUCACACACUCCAAGACCAAGAACAUAUGUGACAUGGAAACUAAGGACGUGAACUUUGCAGUGAUGGGAAUGACUGACCUGUAUGUUGGUCAGGCGAUAAACAUGCAGCUGUUGAUGGAGAACAGGAGCUCCGACAAUAGAACAAUCCAUGGCACAGUUGUGAUAGGAACUACUUACUACACUGGGGUAUUCCACAAGGAGUUACUUAAGAAAAAGUUUCGGAACACCAUCGUGAGGCCGCAGCAACAGGAAAAGUGUGAGUUUGAGGUCGAUGACUACUAUGAGCACCUGCUGGACCACGGCCUCUGUACAAUGUCCGUCGUGUGUUAUGUCAAGGAGACCGAGCAGCACUUCAUAGAAAGGAAAACUGUCCGACUGAAAUAUCCAGAUAUAAAUUUUACUUGCGGCAUUGAUGAGAUGAAUGCGGUGCAGCUUCUCGGAAAAAAGACCCAUGCAGAGGUAUAUUUCGAGAACCCACUUCCUAUUGCACUUACCAAAUGUGAGCUCCGAGUUGAGGGACCAGUACUACUGAAGCCAGUCAUCUGCAAACAACCGAAUGUCGUGCCGAAGGGAAAGUUCAAAACGACAAUUACUGUGGUCCCCACGAAGAUCGGUAAGAGGGAUAUCGUCGUGUCCUUUAACUGUCAGCAGCUCCCUGGCUGGAAAGCGACUAAAACAAUCACUGUGACGUAGACAAAACACGUAUAGAGGCAUUCACCGUGCACGGUUAUAUGACGUCAGAUGUUUUGCAAAGAUUUUGAAUGUUUCGCACUGGACAUGUAGUAACAUUUUGUUUGUUUUGAAAUGUGUUCGAUUAUUUUUUUGUUAUAUUUUCUGUUUUUAUCUUUAGACAUUUUUUUCCUUUCGACACAGGCUCUUUUAAGAAGUAUUAGUUAUGCUUUGUUGGAAAGGUACCCGUUUAUCAUCAUUGCAAUACCAAACAUGUUUAAUUCAUUCUCUCUUAUAAAGAUCUUAUAAUCUUGUUCAUACAGUUCUGUCGUUUCAUUAUUACACUGCACCCUAGACGGCUACAGUAAGCUAUCACAUUUAUAUAUAACUAUACACCCUAGACGGCUACAGUAAGCUAUCACAUUUAUAUAUAACUAUACACCCUAGACGGCUACAGUAAGCUAUCACAUUUAUAUAUAACUAUACACCCUAGACGGCUACAGUAAGCUAUCACAUUUAUAUAUAACUAUACACCCUAGACGGCUACAGUAAGCUAUCACAUUUAUAUAUAACUAUACACCCUAGACGGCUACAGUAAGCUAUCACAUUUAUAUAUAACUAUACACCCUAGACUGCUACAGUAAGCUAUCACAUUUAUAUAUAACUAUACACCCUAGACGGCUACAGUAAGCUAUCACAUUUAUAUAUAACUAUACACCCUAGACGGCUACAGUAAGCUAUCACAUUUAUAUAUAAUU